AUGCCAUUGUCAUGCCGAUUCUAUGCAAAUCAAUUCCCAGAUGUCGAAGAUACAGUGAUGGUGAAUGUUCGUCAAAUUGCUGAAAUGGGUGCAUACGUAUCGUUACUUGAAUACAACAAUAAAGAGGGAAUGAUUCUGUUAUCUGAACUGUCGCGUCGUCGAAUUCGCUCGGUGAACAAGCUGAUUCGUGUAGGUCGUAAUGAAUGUGUGGUUGUAAUUCGAGUUGAUAAAGAGAAAGGAUAUAUUGAUUUGUCGAAAAGACGUGUCUAUUCCAAAGAUUUGUUGCAGUGCGAAGAUCGUUUCGCGAAGGCCAAAGCUGUGAACAGUAUAUUGCGUCACGUCGCUGAUCAGUUGGGUUAUGAAUCCGAGAAACAAUUGGAGGAUUUAUACGAAAAAACUGCGUGGUAUUUCGAUAAGAAGUUGAAGAAGAAAGCAGCCGCUUACGACAUCUUUAAGAAAGCAAUCAGUGAUGCAACUGUAUUGGACGAAUGCGAUAUACCAACAGAUGUGCGUGAAAAACUUUUGGAAGAUAUAAGGAAGAGGUUAACACCUCAAGCGGUGAAAAUCCGUGCCGAUAUCGAAGUUUCAUGUUUCUCAUACGACGGGAUUGAUGCUGUGAAAGAAGCGCUUAUCAAUGGACAAAAAUGUUGUACAGAAGAAAUGCCAAUUAAGAUCAAUUUAAUUGCUGCACCACUAUUCGUAGUGACAACACAGACACUGGAACGAAGUGAGGGCUUGGAAGCGGUAAAUCAAGCACUGGAUAAGAUCAAGCAGACAAUUGAAUCUCAUCAAGGCACUUUCAAGAUUGUUAUGGCGCCGAAGGUAGUGACCGAUUUGGAUGAAGAGGAAAUCAAAAAGCGGAUGGAAAUGAUGGCGUUGGAGGAUGAAGAGAACAGUUCAGGCAGUGAUGAUGAUGGUCUUGUGGCGCCGAAAGGACUCGACUUGCAAAAGGAUCAGGAAGAGGCGACUCGAAACUCUCAACAACAAGCAGAUUCUGAUCAGGAAUCUGAUUGA